AAGCGCGCAGUCUCCUUCUUCCCGCCGUCACGAUCAGACGCCCCGAACUUGAUCCCACUCAUUCUCGAGUUUCAUCAUCGAGUGUCUGCCCUCCGGCGGCAGCAGCAGCAGAUAACUCGCCUCGUAUUCUGAUCCACACGUAGCUUUACUGAUGCAAUUAAUGAACGAGGAAGGUGCUUACUUUCAAUGAGUGUUCAGUAACUUAAAGCAGUUUUCGACUAGUGCCCAGGAUUAUCAGUAGAUACAAUAUACUUGUGUGAUUGAUGCAGUGGAAUCUUUAGAAGUCCCUUUCGUAUACUAAGACGUCCCCGGAGUGAACUGAAAGACUCACUCACUCACACACUUCAGCAGCCAGGAAGGACCGACAGCAGCAUGGCAAAAGGGUGUCAAAGUUAGCCAAGAGAACGCAGAGGUCACUCGAACGCACACACCAUCCAAAUCACGGCUCUAGGAAGAGAAAAUGUCGAUGGCUCAAACACCUGCCCUUGCGGGGGGCUGGGGCGGCAGUUUCUUGCCCCUUCACCAGCCCAUCAUGCAGAUGCCCUUUGCUAGACCAAGAGCCAUCAGAUUAGGGUCAGCUGCUCUGAACAAGAACAUUCCUCCCCAUCUGGAACAACGAUUCACGAAGGAGCAGCUCGAAUCCCUGUUCCAACAAUUCCCGGCAUCAUACGCAGCUUUAACAAGCCCCCAGAUCCACCACCCGAAGCGGAAGGUGACCACAACAUCAGUGGCUCCCACUUCUACAACGACGACAACAACGACAACGACAACUUCCACCACAACCACGACCCCACAACCGUCUAUCCUUCCUCGGCGUCGACGACCACAGGGAAAAGACGUCCCCAAGUUCUACUAUGGAGGCAUAGAAGGAAGGGAAGACUAUGGGGUAGGGCCUGCUGAGGAUGACGCCGUGGUUCUCCUCGUGGGACUCUUCAAUCUGCUCGCCAUUGUCGUCUACGCUGCCAGCAAGUUUGUGAUGGGAGAUCGAGGAGGUCUUUCCGAUCGGGUCAUCCAGUGGCAGGUGCAGAAGGUUCUAGAUGAGCUCGUCAUCAAAGUCCACAGUUCACAAUACAUGGCCAACUUGCUCUCCAGAGCCAUGCCCCCCAAUGUGGUUAGCCUACAGGAGGGCAGGAGGGUCAGCGGGCAGACAAUGAAUUCCUGGAUAAGUCUCUUGCGAGAAAAGUUGAAGACACUGUCACUACACAACGCCUCCAGCGAGGUGACCGAAUGGCUUUCCACAGUGAAAGAUCAACUCAUGAGGGAAAUUGGGUCUUCCCCAGCUGCCAUGUCCACAGUGCAGCUUCACCCCCAAAUUUACAAGCCUCUGAAGGAAAUCUAUGUGACAUUAACUUCCGAAGACGGCCUCAGGCAGCUCCUCGAAUUUGUUACAGACGGGGACGAAACAGGUCGCUCUUUAGAUGUCAUGAGAUCUGGAAUCUCUGGAUUGCUCACCACACUCAGUCAACUGAAACUAAGUCAAAUGCAGUCCAUGCUAGCCACUUUAACGGCUCUUGGGCGAGCUCAGCAGAGGAUCGACAUCAUGCCCAUGCUCACGGCAGCUAUGAGGUCACAGAACUGGUUAGAGGAGGGCUCUUCUGAUGUGGAGACAGCGAGGGUUAUAUCUGAGGGAGACUCAUUUGCAGAGACUCUGGCCAAGUAUGUUGUGGACUCUUACCGCAGGCCCAAGCAACAGCAUCUGAACGAGAACCAGAACGACCAGGAAGACACAGACACCUUCGGAACGCUCUUCGAAAGGGAGCCGGAGGGUCAGGCAGCACCUGAGGAGGAUUCUGAUGACGAGAGAAGCAUCGAAAAACAAGACGAAAGAAGAGAGGAGCAAUUCUCCAACAGGAGGCCCCCUUCGCACAGACGUCCCCCAUCAUCAUCAUCAUCGUUAUCCUCCCAGCUGAUGAGGCGUCAGGGAACCGUGAGGGACGACAAAACUUCAGCGGGGCCCAAAGGGCACUGGACGGACCGGUGGUUCUCCUUAGUGACGCAACUGUCCCCCGUCGGUCUGGAUAUCACCACACUCUAUGCCAGAGCGAGGGCCAGGCCCCGCUGCCUCAGGGCUCUCCUGUGCAGAGCGAAUAAUGCGUGGAGGCAGGUCGGCCCCGUUCAGGCGUCCCUCACGCCCUUCACCAGCGUGUUGGUCAGCUGGCUCCUGGAAGACACAAUGCCACAUUCUCUGGGUGAUUCUUUGAUUGCUGUGAGAGCAGGAUGGAUGGGCAAAGACUGCUCCAUCCUCUACCCAGAGUGUCCCCUCCAACCAGACCCCCACCCUGCUGCCAAGGAAGCCAUCACCUUCUUUUCCAGACUUCAGUUUGCAGCAACUUCACCUCCAGAUGCUGCCGAGAGCCCUUCAGGAGCACAAAGUGGAACCUCUGAAGAUAUUCGCCCAUCAUCAGUGGACAAACCCGUAAGCGGUGACAGACAAACAACUGAUACUUUAACAGAAAGAGUCGAUUACGAACACACCCCACACGAAAACAGAGGCUCACGAAAGCCACAACCUGGUUUGGGUUCGAGUCACGAAUACCCUGCACCAACUCCCCAACCGCAAUUUCAACACCAUAAAGACAAUCAAAGACCUUCCCACAACCAACAUCACCUUCAGGGAACUGAAAAUAAGCAUCAGGUGUAUCCGAACAGACAGCUUCCCUCGAGGGACGAAGGUACCGAAGAAAAUGCUGCAGCACUUCAAGCAUACUACAAUCGCUAUCAAGGACAGGGGCCUAUGGUAGUCCCAGGUUCCCAGUACAGUUCAAAAUAUGGUCACUUUGAUGAUGGCCAGCACAGAAAUGAUGAAAAGCUUUAUGACAAAUAUGACAGUCCCUCUAUCAAUACAGCAGAGGGGGAAAUAUCAGGAUCAAGCAGCGUAUCAGGUAUGGCCUUGCAAGACCGUCCAACUGGAAAUAAUAACAAGGUAUGGGAAGAAUUCUUCAAGGCUGGACUGUAUGGUGGCAUUGUGCCUCAAUCUCCUCUAAACAUAAAAGAUGAGUCAUCGACCAGCUCUGCCCCAGAAAAGUCUAUUCGAAUGCCAAGGCCUAUGAAGAGACCAAUGCUGUCCAGUCUCAACAAAAUUGGUGCCCUGCCUCCUGACCAACCAGGAUUUUAUCCAAAUCCGGGAUAUGGUCCAUAUGGGAACAUAAACAAAGGUUCCCCGAAGCCAAGCCGACCACACAAGAGACCAUACUUCACAUUACGACCAAAAAGGCCACAGCCCACGGGGUCCACACUGUCUGGCUCUGGCGUAUCUUCGGCAAAACCAUUUAUUAAGAAGUACAAGUAUGGGCUCAGGCGGGGCCUACCAGCUACCAAUGUCAAUGGGUAUAAUGCUUAUGUGAGUAACAGUGGUAAUAUAUACCAGAGACAGAAACCCUGGUAUGCAUACAUUGACAAUUCCAAAAACAGAUCCACACAACCUACACCACCAAAACAAGCCACACCUACAACUACAACACUAAGCCCAACCGACCAUUCUCUUUCCCCAAAGGACACAGAUCCUUUUGGCCCAGAGGAUGCUGUCACUGAUGUUCUACGCAACGAACUUUUAUACGAAUACAUACGGGACAGACAAGGCUCUAUUCCCGUCGAAGAUAGAAGAAGUUUAACGUAAGUGACCUGACAGACACUGGAUUUUUCAGUGAUCAGCUAGAUAUUCAUCAGGGACAACAUAUAAUCACCUUCUUAAGCGAGAGAGAAUGAUUACUAAUACUUGUAUAUCUUGAUAACGGUAUAUAUAAACCUAACAAGUGAUAGUAUAUCAUAUAGGGAACUAACUUGGACAAUACUUUCAUCCUUAGCAUACUACACAGAACACUUCUGAAUAAUCUGAGUUCUACCUGAUGUGGCAUAAAUCCAUACAGUAUCUAAGAAAAAUGAACAACAAGCUGUGUUCCUCGUGCUUCACUGUAAUAUACUAUGCUUUCAUGCUAUUAUAUAUAAUGGAGAGCAGUUGUGCUUGCUUAAAAAGUCUCAUUAUGUUUAAAUACUUACCUAAGUAACUUUAAAGUUAGACUGUGAUAUUUAACAAUUUCAAUUAAAUAAUGAGAAAAACUGCGACCUGUAUUCUGACCAAGUUAAGAUAAUCACUACUAGAUUUUGAAGUGUGCACUGACGUUUCUAAUGACAGAGACACAACAAAAUUUGAGUUUGAGAAAUUCUUCUUUGACACCUAGGGUAGAGUAAUGCGCCAAGUGAGUGCCCUAAGUUUACAAUUUAAACUAAUUGCACUUUUUUUGAUUUAUAGAAAAUAUAAAACAUGCAAAGUGCAAUAUGCACGUGUAUAAUUAUCUUAACAUCAAUUUACAAGUUUUCCUUGUCUAUUUUAAAUUAUGUUAUAAAUCAUAUGAAAUACUCUACCAAGUAAAGUAUUUCUUAUGUAAUUGUAUGAAAACUGGGUAGAUUUUUUCAGCCAUACAUUUAGUUCUAGAUACAAACAUUCCACUGACAAGUAUGUACUGCAACAUUCACUUGAAAAGUAGUAUAUAGUCCUUUUACAUCCCUCUUCAGAAUCACAAGAUAGGUAGGUGGCUAAGGACAGAGGAUUAUGUAUCUAUAUAGACAUGAUGUCUGUUAUUACUCCAGGCAAUUGGCUGGUAGGCAAAUGCUGCUCUGAAGAUGAAUUUAAAAAAGCAAUUUGCAAUCCUAGACUGACUUUUCAAACACCUAUUUCAUUUAAGAAAUAUAUUUUAAUAUUCAUUUCUCUUUGUUUUACAAUCAAAUACUGUAUUCACAAUGUAGAUGCCAAAUAAAAUUCCAUAUGACGUACCACAGAUAAUAGAUACUCUUACGAAAAUACUACAGUAGCAGAGUUAGAACAGGAUUUGUUACAAUGUCACAUUUUUCAAGUGUACAAACUGUAAUAUGGGCAUAUCUUUUCCUCUGUGUUAGAUAAUCUAAGUGACUAUUUAUUGUGCUAUUUACAUGUAUUCUCUAUGCUUUGAUAUAAAUAGGAAAAAAUAUUCUAACUGCUUUAAACUUAAUGUGAACAAAUAUGGGCAUUGAUGUACUUCUUUCAAGUCAAGUUAUUGUUA